UUUGUGCAUGUAAUAAACUAGCUAUGAAGUCUGACCUUACAGUCCUAAUGGUUUAGGUCAGUGUGCCCAUCCAUGUCAUUAAGGUCCUUCUGUUUAGAGAAAAGGGGUUUACAUUUUUAAAGGUUAUAUUAGACUACAGCAGAACAAAACUCUUUUUGUUUCUUUGAUAAGCGUGAUUAUUGUCAAUGUUAUAAAUAAAAUGUGGUCAUCACUGCUUAACUUUACAGUGGACCAUGAUUUUGUCCCCUGGGCCCCAGAAAUCCCCCCCUCAGGAGUGGCCAUGCAGAACUCCCUAGUUUUACUUUCACUUUCUCCCUUUCACUUCCAUCAUGAAUGUGAGGGUGGUACUGAGGGCCGUGUGUUAGCAGUCUACAGUAGUAAGGAGUGAACCCAUCCUCACCUCAGCUGCAGCUCCAGGAUCCUCUCCUCAGUCUUUGACUUCAUCAUGGACGGCAUCGCCUACAACCCAACCAUGGCUACAGACUGUGGUGACAGCAGAGUGAAUAACGAGGAGCUGAGGAUAGUGAUGGUGGGAAAGACCGGAACUGGGAAGAGCGCCACUGGAAACACCAUCCUGGGUCGAGGGUGUUUUGAGUCAAAGUUCAGUGCAGUGUCGCUGACUGAGGACUGUUCGAAGGGUAGAGGUACAGUGGAAGGACAAAAGGUUGCUGUUAUCGACACCCCGGGUCUGUUUGGCACCAGAUUUGGAGAGAAGACCGAGAAAGACGUGACCCAGUGUGCAGCAUACGUGACGUUGGCUGCUCCCGGACCCCACGUGUUCCUGGUGGUCAUCAGGCUGGGCAGAUACACUGAAGAGGACACAAAGACGGUGCAGAGGAUUCAGGAGAUCUUUGGCCCGGCAGCAGACAGAUACAGCAUGGUUCUCUUUACUCACGGAGACCGGCUUGACGGGACCCCAAUCAAGGACUUCUUGGAUGAAAGCCCUGACCUGCAGGAACUGGUGACCCGCUGUAACGGCCAGUACCACGUCUUCAACAACAAGAGUAAAGAUCGCUCUCAGGUGACUAUGCUGCUCCUGAAGAUCUGGAACAUCAUCCAGAGGAAUGGAGGGAGCCACUACACCAACGAGAUGUUCCAGGAGGCCGAGGGGGCUCUGGAGGAGGAGAAACAACGCAUCCUGAAAGAGAAAGAAGAACAAAUAUGCAGAGAAAAAGAGGAGCUGGAAAGGAAAGUCAAGGCUCAGUAUGAGGAGCAGAUGAAGAAGCUCAAUGAGGAACUCCAGGCUGAUAGAGAGAGGGAGAGGAAGGAGAGAGAGGAGGAGAGGAGGACGGAGAGGGAGGAGAUGGAUAAGGAGAGAGAGGAGGGAGAAGCAGAGCUGAAGAGAGAGAGAGAGGAGAGGGAAGAAGAGAUGAGACGGCUGAAGGAGCAGUAUGAGAGUGAGCUCGAAGCGCAGAUGACAGAUCCAACCCGGUUCUGCAUCUGGUAGGGCUGUCAGCGUUAACUCAAAGUACUUAAACGUCACUUUUUUUUUGUCGCACAAUUAACACACACACACAGUCUGUGUGACCCUUGACCCAUCCCAUUGUUUGUGAGAUAAGGCAGUGAUGCAGUCACCUAGAGUUCUUAAAAACCCCAUACCACUCGCUGGCCGAGCAUGCCACCAAAGCAAAGAGCCACCGCCCUUGCCAAAGUCAGGCCAUGGUGGAUUGUUUACAGAGGCGCUCAGACGGCUCUGCAAGCAGGGAUGGACUGGCGAACUGCGAUUCCGGGCAUUUCCCCAGCGGGCUGGCACACUUUAGGGCGGCUAUGAUUUAUUAAUUUAUUUCUUUCUGCUAUGCACCGGCUCCAGAGCGGUGCUCAGGGCCGGCUCUAGCUGUUUUGGUGCCCCUGGCGAAAUUACAAUUUGGAGAUGAUUUAAGAUAAAUGUGAGGCUGUCAUUGAGCCUGUCAGACCUCAUAGGGCUCUGUUGUGAUGGCACUCAUGUAUUUUAUUUACUAUCAAAUUCAAUGAUGAAAAUUUUAAAUGUAUGCCUUAAACCGGGGGUGUCCAAACUAUGGCCCAUUUUUGAUUGGCCCUCAGCAUAUUUUCCACUUCAAGGUACAGUGUAGAAUUUGGCUGCAUUUCGCCGAACAGAAAUGGUGUUAAUAGGAUAUAAUGUUUAUAUAUUUAUGUGAAUCAUCCCCUUUAAACUUUCAUUUUCUUUUUACAAAAUUAGAAAAAAGCUUUUAAAAUUUACAUUACCGCGGGUCGCCCUCACAG